GCCUCCGCCCCAGGUGAGCGAAGCGGGCAGCCGCUCUGUCCGCGGCCCCGCGGCCGAGGAUGUGCGCUCGGGAGCCGAGGGGCGGACGGAGCCGGCGGGGUGGUGGUGCGAGGCUCUGGGCUGCGCUGCUCUGCGGUCGGAGGAGGCGGCGGCGGCGGGGAGAAGGUGGCGCGGCCUCUGACCCCUGGACCCCGUGGGCAGCCACGGAGGCGACACUCGGGAAUCCGGGGCUGCCCCUUCUCCGUCUCUUCCUCGUUUUCUUCGUCUUCUGCCCUUUCCGCUUUGGAAUGAGAAAAAGGAGAAGAAAUGGCAGUGAUGAUGACAACCAUCCUCCUCCCCAGACCAAAAGGAGCAGUAGGAACCCCAUCUUCCAGGACUCCUGGGACACAGAGUCUUCAAGCAGCGAGAGUGGCGGGAGCAGUAGCAGCAGCAGCAGCAGCAGCAUCAACAGCCCAGAUAGGGCCAGCGGGCCAGAGAGCAGCCUGAGCCACACCAUCCCCGGAUCCUGCCCCAGCACCCCCCAGCCGAUGCCCGAGCAGUCUGCACUGUGCCAAGGCCCUUACUUCCACAUCAACCAGACCCUGAAGGAGGCUCACUUUCACAGCCUACAGCACCGAGGCCGGCCUCCGACAUGAUGCUCCAGCAGUUUCUUGCCUUCUGUGAAGGGACAGCACUGUGCAGAUUGGAUAUUUCAACUUAAUGAUUUGUUUUUAAAAGUUGCACACAGAAAAAAAAAAAAAUGCCUGUCGGCUUUCAGUCUAUAUUUGAGUAUCGGGUCAGCAGGCGGCUGUUUACUCGGGGUUUUGCUGCACUAGUGCGAUUUCAGAGGGGCUUGGGAGCAGUUUUUUAUAGGAUUCUUUUAGAGGAUUCUUUUAAGAGAGGGCAUCAGAUCUACAUCACGGCAGUGUAUGAGGAAGUCUCAUCUGACCGAUUUCCACAUCUGUCAGCUAGAUGCUGUACUGUAUGUAAAGAGCCUCUUAAAAAUGCGGGAUCUUAAUUUUUUUUAAUUCAAUAAACUAGUAAAGAAUAUCUAGUUUCCAUGAAAAAAAAAAAAAAACCUGUAAGUUUUCUCCCUAAAUAUAGGAAGCUGACUCAGUGUUGCACUGAAGCUAACUGCUGUACUACCUCUUAGUAUGUAGAUGUCUGUCUAUGGAAAUGCUUUCCCUCGGAACACAACAGUCGCCCACUCUGAAGACCAUGGAAGUUAAGCACCUUUCCUAGUUGUGGUCUCCAUUUUACAUUUGAAUUUCCAGGGAGAAUAUCACUUCCAUAUCUAUUUUCUUCUAGUCUGUACCCCAGACGCUAUAGAGAACAUUGUGCAGUUCUCAAAGUCAAGAAAUACCUAGUAAAUGUUAUGAACUUGCGUAUUAACAGCUUAACUGCUAGCUGUUUGCGAUGCCCAUAGCCAAGGCAGUGGUCAGUGCAGACGAAGUGCAAGCUGCCUGGAAACACCUAUGGGCACCCCAGCCCUGCCAGGGGCCCACAUUGUCAUC